UAAUAAAUCUCAGUAGCCAACUCUUCCUCUCUCUCUCUCUCUAGACUACACUCUCUCUUAAUUCUCUUUAGAGAGAGAGAGAAAUGUGGGAUCAUCACUGUGCAAAAUCAUGAGCUUUCGAAGUUUUUCCAGUCUCCAUUUACAGUGGAGAAUUCUUCUUCUUCUUCUUCUCGAUUCAGCUUUUCAAUCUCUGGCUUUGAACAACGACGGCGUUUUGUUACUCUCCUUCAAGUUCGUUCUCAAAGACCCUCUUGUUCUCCUUAACUGGAACGUUCACGACGAGACGCCGUGUUUUUGGACCGGCGUUUCCUGUGAUGGGUUUUCUCGGGUCACCGGUUUAGCCCUACCGAGCUCCGGGAUUCUGGGUCCGGUCCCGCCCGAGUUGGGUACCAUCGAAAACCUCCAAAGACUCGACCUUUCCAACAAUUCGCUUAAUGGGUCACUUCCGAAGUCUCUGUUCGAAGCCUCCGAGCUUCGGUUUCUUGACUUGUCGAAUAACUUGAUCGCGGGAGAGUUGCCGGAAGUUAUUGCGAUGAACACUAAUCUUCAAGCUCUGAAUCUCUCCGACAAUGCUUUGGCGGGAAAAAUUCCGAGCAAUCUUGGGUCUUUACCUAGUUUAACGGUCGUUUCGUUAAAGAACAAUUACUUGUCUGGUGUUCUACCGAGUGGGUUUCAUUCCGUUGAGGUUUUAGAUCUGUCUACGAAUCUCAUCAAUGGCUCUCUCCGUUCUGAUUUCGGUGGUGACAGUCUUCGUUACUUGAACCUCUCUUACAACAACCUUUCCGGUGCAAUCCCACCUGAGUUCGCCAAGAAAAUUCCCGGCACUGCCACUCUUGAUUUCUCGUUCAACAAUCUCACCGGAGCAAUCCCAAAGUCUGAAGCUUUGUUAAACCAGACAACGACGUCGUUUUCAGGCAAUCCUGAUCUGUGUGGAGAGCCAACGAAGAAGCUUUGUUCCACUUCUUCUUCUUUGAUUCCAAACAUCUCAGCUCCGACUUCUCCUCCGGCAAUAGCUGCGAUUCCGAGAACAAUUGACUCCGACCCAGCAAACGUUACUUCGGGCCCUCCACAAAAGAAGCAAACCGGACUUAAACCGGUGACUAUAAUCGGAAUCGUAGCAGGAGACAUCUUCGGCGCCGCCAUUUUAGCUAUGAUUUUCUUGUAUAUAUACAGGUUAAAGAAGAAAAAGAAAAAGAUUGAGAGUACAUUGAAGAACGAUGCUAACACAGUAAAAGAACCAUGGUCAUCGCCGUCGUCGUCAUCAGAGUCGCGAGGGUUUACGAGAUGGUCGUGUCUUAGAAAGAGAACAGAAGACGAAGAGAGUUCGUCGGAGUCAACGGCCUCCGACGACGAAGGUGGUCAAGAACGUAAUAGUAUUAGUGGUCAAAAGGGUCAAGAAAAUCAAGGGAAUGAUCAGAGAAAGGUUGGGACUUUAGUGACCGUCGACGGAGAGAAGGAGCUGGAGUUGGAGACUCUGCUAAAAGCUUCGGCUUAUAUAUUAGGAGCCACUGGUUCGAGCAUUAUGUACAAAGCUGUUCUCGAAGACGGAACCACAUUCGCCGUUCGAAGAAUCGGAGAGAGCAGCGUUGACCGGUUCAAGGAUUUCGAGAACCAGGUCCGUGUCGUGGCUAAGCUGGUUCACCCCAAUCUGGUUCGGGUUCGUGGGUUCUACUGGGGUGUCGAUGAGAAGCUCAUAAUCUACGACUUCGUCCCCAAUGGCUGCCUCGCCAAUGCUCGUUACAGGAAAGUGGGCUCUUCACCUUGUCAUCUACCUUGGGAAGCCCGGCUCAAGAUAGCAAAGGGAGUGGCACGUGGGCUUGCUUACUUACACGAGAAGAAGCACGUGCACGGCAACUUAAAGCCCAGUAACAUCCUAUUGGGCUCAGAUAUGGAGCCCAAGGUCGGAGAUUUUGGGCUCGAGAGGCUUGUAACGGGUGACACGAGUACCAAAACUUGGGGCUCGGCCCGAAACUUCGGUAGCAAGAGAUCCACAGCUUCUAGGGAUAGUUUUCCGGAGUUCAUACCUGGGCCGAGCCCAAGCCCAAGCCCAAGUACCUUUGCCAUAUCACCUUACCAUGCACCUGAGUCACUGAGGAGCCUAAAGCCCAGCCCAAAAUGGGAUGUGUUUUCUUUUGGGGUAAUAUUGCUUGAGCUUCUGACUGGUAAGGUUGUGGUUUUGGAUGAGUCUGGUCAAGGGCCUGGGAUUGUGGUUGAUGACAAGACUAGGGCUUUGAGAAUGGCUGACGUGGCCAUUCGUGCUGAGCUGGAAGGUAAAGAAGAGUGCUUAUUGGGUUGCUUUAAAGUGGGGUACAAUUGUGCCUCACCGGUCCCACAAAAGAGACCAACUAUGAAAGAAGUGGUUCAAUUGCUUGAGAAAUUUCCUUCUUCAACUUCUUCAUCAUACUAUUAUUAUGGUAACUAAUAAUGAUCAUAAUUUUGGACCCUUUUGUAGAGAAAAUGUAUGUAUUGAUUGACUAAAAAUAGGUCAUUUUGUUCUUUUUAUCUUUGUCCAAAAUUUAUUGUUCAUUUUUCUCAUA